AUGGCUGAUUUCCUGAAGAACGUAUUUGGUGGCGGCGAGGCCCAGAAGCCUGUCGCGAUCAAGCCCGACUCCGACUUCGCUGAUUUCGCUGGAGCUCCUGAUCCUACCCCUGAAGCUGCUCCUGUCAUUGGUACUGAUGGUUCAGCCCCUGCCACGUCAACCCAGGUCCCUUACACCAAGUGGUACAACGUCCACGAGCGCCACUCGCUUUCCGAAUUCAAGAGCGAGGGUAUUAUCCUCGUCAUUGGCUUGGUCAUCGUCGUCCUGCACAUAAUCGGUUCCCGCGCGAAUCGUUCCAAAGCUCGAGCAUGGAUCCGCGCCCACGCUCCUCUUCUCAAGAGCGAGUAUGCCCUAGUCGGCUUCAGCGGUGUUCCCAACUCGAACAAGGAGGAUGAAAACACCAACACCCUCAUCAAGGAGAAGUCUCUCAUCGAGUUUGUCUCAUACGCCACCGGUAGGCAAAACACAGCUUUCACGGAUAUCAAGAUCAACCUCACCAAGAAGUACAACCCAAUUGUCAAUGCUAUUGAGCAUGGUGCUGCUUUUGUUAUGGAGUCUGCCUUUGAAACCCCCGAGGAUUCCGUCGAGGCCGUCAUCUACCCAUUCGAUGGCAAGGAGAACGAGACUGUCCCCAGCCUUCCUGGUUCUGCUGAGGCUCGUGCCAAGGAUGGCAAGAGCAACUAUGAUUCCUUCGUGUGGGCUAUCGUGAACAAGAACAACAUGAAGCAGGUUCGCGACCUGCGAUACGACGUCUCCCUCACCUCCACCAAGGAUAACUCGAAGCUGGCUGACUGGCUUACUGUCAUGAGCGAAAGUGCCGAAAUCACCAACGCCCUUCUCACCGAUGAACUUGCUGCAGCUGUCAAGGCUGCUGGAGAUGCCUUCCAGUACCUCAUCAUCACCGACCAGCCCGCUGACAAGCCCAAGACCCUCGCCGAGAACGUUUCCAGCAAGCGCAUCAUUCUCAAGUACCGUCUCAACUCUGGCAACAACUACAAGGAAUCCCUUCCUCUCUUCACUUACUUCAACCGCCUCCCCGACGUUCUUGUACAGACUGCCCGCUUCCGUCCUGAGGUUCUCAAGAAAGUCAAGGCUACCCGUGAGCUGAUGGACAAGGAGCUCAGAAAGGUUCUGGAUGACGAGAAGGCUGAGGAGCGUCUCCUGGAGAAGGAGAAGGCCAAGAAGGCCAAGCGUGAUGCUGAGCUUGCUGGCCUCAAUGCCAAGGCUCAGAAGAAGUAUCUGGAGAAGGAAAAGGAGAAGGAGAUGCGCAAGGCCCAGAAGAAGCAAACUACGCGUGGGUAA